AAGCGGCUAACGACUUCCCCCCUUGCUUUCCCCGAGCAGCAAAGCAUCCGCCCGCCGCGUGCGACGCGACAGAGUCCGUCCGGAUCAACGAACUCCGAACGAACCGAGGACAGCGGCACAGCGCAACCGCCGGAUCCGCCCCCGCCCCUUCCUCCUCCCGCCGGCUACCACCGCUCGCUGCCUACGCGCCCGUGUGCCCUUACCCCUACGCCGGCGGGAAGCGCCGGCCAUGGGUUGCUCCUCCUCCGUGCCAGCUAGAAGUACUGGAGGGCUGAACAAUAUCAACGAUAACUCCACUGCUACUGACUCAAACGAAUUGCGUGCCAAGUUAGUAUUAUUAGGAGAUUCAGGUGUUGGAAAAAGCUGCAUUGUUCUUCGCUUUGUGCGUGGUCAGUUCGAUCCCACUUCCAAGGUAACUGUCGGUGCAUCAUUUUUAUCGCAAACGCUGGCAUUGGAGGAUUCAACAAUAGUGAAGUUUGAAAUAUGGGAUACUGCUGGACAAGAGAGGUAUGCUGCCUUGGCACCUCUGUAUUACAGAGGAGCUGCUGCUGCUAUUGUUGUCUAUGACAUAACUAGUCCAGAAUCAUUCAAGAAAGCACAAUACUGGGUGAAGGAACUUCAAAAACACGGUAAUCCUGGUAUUAUCAUGGUUUUGGUUGGUAAUAAAGCUGAUCUACAUGAAAGUCGAAGUGUACCUACUCAGGAGGCACAGGAGUACGCAGAAAAGAACAGUAUGUUUUUCAUGGAGACGUCAGCAAAAACAGCUGAUAAUAUUAAUCAAUUGUUUGAGGAAAUUGCAAAAAGGUUGCCGAGGCCAACGGCGUCUUGAUAAAUCAGCUCUGGUGUUUAUAUAUUGAAGAGUGGCAAACACAGUUUGUAGGUUGUACCAUGUAGUGGAUGUAAGCUUCGAGGUCAGUCCAGACGUAUGACCAUUGCUUCAAGGCUGUGAUAAUGUAAAGAAUUUUUCCAUUGUGUUAGCUGUAUUGCACAAAUAAAUUGUGUUAACUGCGGGAAGAUCUUUGUUUUGCUUAUCCGGAGGUGAUCCAUAGCCUAA